UUAUUUUUAAUUAUGAAUGUUGUAUAGGGGUAUAUAGUUUGUGUUAGCAUGUUUCUUUCAGAAUUUGUUUUCCUUGUAUGAAUGUUUCAAUAUAACCAUAUUGUAUUAUUCAGUUUGUUCUUAUAUUAUUAGUACUCCAUACACAUAAUUGUAAUUAUUUUGUGUAUUUUUCUGUUAUAGUGACAAUGGCAGAAAGAAAGAUCACUUUCAUUAGAGACUUGGACAAUAUGAAGGAUGAUUACACACUAAAAGUGUCUAUCAUCCGGCUGUGGAAAUCGUUUUCAGAUGGCAACCCCACUAUUGUCAGAUCAAUUGAGAUGAUACUCAUGGAUGAAAUGGUUAACGUUACGUUGUUUGGAGAUAUUGCAUACCAGUUAAUUUCUUAUCUUGAAGCUCAUAAAGAAGUUGAUCGUGUGAUUGUCCUUUUGCAAUGUGCAAGAAUUAAUGUCUAUAACGCAACACCUUCUGUGAACAGUUAUUUUGAACAAACACGGAUGUUCAUAAAUGCUAAUCUUCCCGAAAUUGUUACAUUCACAGAUAGCUCUAAAUCAUAUUCGGAAUCUGAUGACUUUUUGAAUAAUUACAAAGUUAAAAAUGUUGUCGAUUUGAUAGAACCACAAGAGGUCGGCCAAUAUAUCAUUGUCGGGACCAUUUAUGGUAUUCGCCAAGAUAUUGAUUGGUAUUAUGAUGGGUGUACAAACUGUAGAAAGAAAGUUCAAACAGAAGAUUUGUUCAGUGGUGCAGAUAGUGGUGAUGCAAGUGUCGUUUUAAAAUGCAAUGGUGAUAAUUGUAAAAAUAAGACGAUCUCUUCUGUUCCAAGGUAUAAAAUACCUAUUCGUGUGCAAGAUGAUUCUGGAACAAUCACUCUAACUCUCUUCGAUAGAGAUGCUUAUAGAAUCGUCAAAAAACGCGCACGUGAUCUUAUAGAUAAAAUCAAACAGGCUGGGGAUAAUCCAAGAUUAUAUCCUUAUGACCUCAAAUGUUUGGAGCAUAAAAAGAUGGCUUUUAAGAUAGAUGUUAAUAGUUUUAAUGUAUCCAAUAACUACAAUCGGUUUGGGAUACUUGGCUAUACGGUUGAUAGUAACGUUAUCGAUGCUUUGGAAAAAAAGUUAGCUGUCGAGGCAGGUAGUCCUGCAAAUGCUGAUGAUACAGAAAUCGCAUCUCAUGAAGUAUCUCAAGAAACAAAGUCCUUAAAGGAUGCGAUAUCGCAAACAGGUGAUAAUUUGACCCCAACAUUGCCUGACAAAUUUGAAGCUACAAGUCCGUUCAAGUAUAAUUCCCCAACAACAGUAAAAAAACGAAAUGUUGGAGAUACCAUUGAUGUUGAUGAUUAUGAUAAUGUGAAUUCAUCCACCAAGGUCCCUCGAUUGAAUUCCAAAGUUGAUGGCAACACAGUAUUGCUCUUUGUGGUGUCCACUGUUCAAACAUUGAUACUUCUUGCUUUAUUUUCGCUGGAUGAAAAUACAAAUAGAACUCCAAAAACAAAUUUAAUUCCGAUUUUACCCUCCACCCCAUAUACUACGGGUUCUAUUGCGAUGCAAACAGCUGUUACACCUGCCCCUGUUUUGAUAAAGGAGAUUGUUCCUGAAGAGGUUAUUGAGUAUUCCUUUGAAGAAAGAAGAGCUGGUUUUGUUUUUUUGAAAGUCAAAUUGCAAUUGGCUUGUAAUAUGAAUUGA